UUUUUUUUUAACUGCAUGAACGUCAUUUCUCAGGGAGACCAGUGGCAGUGGAGCAAGAUCAGAUUUGGUAUCAUCGAAAAUUGGUCAUGAUAUUAACAUACAGUCUAUGUUGCUUUUAGUUUUACUUGCACGCUGUAAUGUAACUUAGCAUUUUUUAUCAGAUGAUACACUUGCAGACUGCACUUCACCAGCACGACAUUACACCAGACAGUGUCUUGAAUUGCACUUGUACUGUCUCCAUGCAGAAGACGAAGACGAGAGAGCAGCUUUCUCUUUGCAUUUAUCUUGUUUAUUGACGAACAGCAUAGAGAUCUAGAUCUCCCCUUAGCUGCUAGCAUGAAUUUGAUAAAACAGCCAAACUUCCUUCAAAUUCAUGAAAUUUGUCACAUUCGAGCGAACAAGCAAUUGGAAAACUGGUACUAUAUGAAACUUCAUCUUCUAAUAUCACUCUACUUCCUUUCUGUAAACUUCCCAGUGACUAUAAAGGCCUUGCCCAUUCAACAAGUACCAUCUCUCUCUCAGACUCAUGAUUGGGCCCAAUGUGAGUUUCAGGGAUUUGAAGAUUAUGAAGAGGUUUGCCAUACCCAAACUAUAACACUGCCCACAUGCAACCCCGGAUAUAGAAGGGCAUGGCCCUGCUUACCAGAUUUCGAUGGACUUCCAGAGGACUUUGACCCAAAUCAUGAUGUAUGUGAUCGCUGCCCACCGAAUACAUUCCAAACUUAUUAUAACAAAUGCCCGGUAUGCCACAACUGCUCUGUGUGUGAUGACGGAGAAACAGUCCAAAAGCAAUGUGAUAUGGAGAGUGAUACAGUAUGUUCGCCGUCGGAUUCCGAAGAAUUGUCGAGUCCCUUGAUGCCAAUAGUCCCAACUGUGAAAGAAAUUAUGCCAUCUUCAGCGGAACCAAAUAGCUCUCUUCAACCAUUCAUUCCUACGGUAAUGUCACCAGAUGGGCAAACUCAGAGAACUCAUGAAACUGAUUUACCAAAUGAGGAUCCACAUGAUCUGCCUAUUGCUGAGCCAAGGUCUACCAAGGAAGGAGUGUAUGAAGCAGUCAUUAUUGGUUUGGCUGUAUUGUUCAUCUUAGCUUUGAUAGGUUGGGGGUGGAGAGAAUGGCAUUUCAGAAAGAAGCUGCAAGAUACUAAAAAUGGUCAAGAGAAUAUCCAACUGGAAACAGGUUUGGCUAAUGGUAGAGCACCACAUGGAGCUGAUGACAAGGAUCGUGAAGAAAGAGGUGUCUCAGAGCCCCUGCUUGGAGGGUGCAGAAAUGGAGAAGCUGGGGGAGCCUCGGGUCAUGCACCAAAUGGUCAACUUGUUGGAGGAGCUUCUGGAGAUGCCCCUGGUGGUGCUUCUGGUGGUGCUUCUAGAGGUACCUCCAGUACUGCAUCUGGAAAUUUGUCUGGUGCUGCUUUUGGUCUUUUUGCUGAUCUCAACCCACAUUGUCAACAUGACGGUGUCUAUGGUCAUCCACCUGAUGAUGCCUCUUUUCAUUCAUCUAAUAAUGGAGAUGAUGCUCCUGGUCACGCAACUGCUAAUGCUCCUUACUACUCACCUGAAAGAAUCUGUGGACAACCUAUUGUUUGUGCCUCGGAAGAUCCACCUGAUGGUGCUCCUGGUCAGCCAACUGCCGGUUCUUCUGACAACCCUUCUGAAGUUGCCCAAGGUCACCCUGAUGAUGGUGCCCCUGGUCAUCGAUCUGAUGGUACCUCUGGUCAACCAUCUUGUAGCACCUUUAGUCAUCCAGAUAAGGAUGCUCUCAAUGAUGCAUCAUCUGACCAUGGCUUUGAUGAUCCAUUAAACAGUGCCACUGCUGAUCAAUCCGACAGUACUCUGGGACAUCAGACCAACGGAGCCUGUGGCAAUCAUUUAGAGAGUUCCCUUGGUCAUCAGUACAAUAACACCUCUAGUCAACCAGCUAAAAGUGCCCCUGCCAAUCUUUUAAUCAAUUCAUCUGAUCAUCAAUCGGACAGUGCCUCAGAAUCUAUCACUGCCUCUGUUCAUUCUGCCUGUGGACAUCAAUCUGAAACUGCCUCUGGCAAUCUGUCAGACAAUGCCUCUUCGUUAGGCAGUGCCUCCAUCCUUAACCUAUCUGACAUCGACUCUGAUGAUCAACCUGAAAGUAGCUGUGGUCAACUAAAUGGUAAUGCUUCUGGUCGUUCAUUCGACAGUGCGGAUGUUGAUGACAGAGGAACUAAUGCAAUCCCAGUAAGGCCAGAAAUCCCAGCAGAUGAUGUAGUAACUACCAAGUUCCUCCAACAUGUUGCCCAGGAGUUACCCCACAUCCUAAUCAAGAAGACCUGUCGGUUGUUAGGUCUCCAGGAGAAAGACAUAGACGACAUCGAAGCCCUGUGCCAUAGAGAUGAGCAAGGAUUCGAGUUCCUGAAGAAACUGUUGGGCGUAGUUGGCAAGGACUUUACUUACCGUGCGCUCCUUGAUGCCUUGAAAACAUUGAAGAAUAAACACCAUGCAGAUAAUCUCAUCAGGGAUUUUAAUAUAGUACUAUAAUGUUUAUCGUUUGUAUCAGUUGUGUAUUCGCAAUGGGCCGAUACUCAGUGUUGCUCACUGCCAAAAAACAGUCCUGUGAAUAUUUGUUUUUAUGAAUUAAUAUACAAAGUAUGAUUCAGUGAUUGAAUGAAUAAUGAAUUAAGUUGUAUGAGAGGAAACCAUUCAAGACUCAUUGAAUUGACUGACCAUUGAGGAACAGUUUCAACAGGCAUUGCCUUAUUUAUCGCUUUUGUUUUAGACCGAGGAAAAGUUGCUCCUUGAAAAGUAAGAACAAAUUAUGCCUUCAAAAUUGGAUGAAUUAUGUUUAUGUUGAUUGAUGUAAAAACAGUAGAGCUUUG